AAAAGAUAAUACAAUUGAUACAGGUGAGCUUUAAAAAUAGUGCGGAAUGCCCGCUUUACCCCACCCCCGCGUUUUUCAAAUGAUACUGUUGUUUAUUGACAUAAUACUGGACCGUGUGAUGAAUUGGCCAAUUAUUUACUUCAAAUGAUACUUUGAGCGUGGAUUUUUGUGCAUUAUGUGCAUCAGAGGUGACCUUCAGUCCAUAAUAUAACCACCAACACACAAAAUCACAUAUUAUCUAAAGAGGUCAUUUACCUGUGUACUCUACCAGUAAACUAAAUAAACGAGAGUUUCUCCAUGUCUGCUACAAUUUUUUUACAAACAUGACUUCCCAGGCAAAUAGGCGAAAAUCAUGGACAGCAACAGUUCAGAUGACUCGGAGUCUGAGUAUUCCACAGACUCCUCAGACGAUGAUGGAAUGGAAACAGCCCAGAUAAACGGCAUUAAAGUACAACUACCUCAAGCCCUAUGUGAAAGACCUGACGUUUUUAAGGAAUUCUUCUCUCCCGAGCUGUGGAAUCAAUUCUCGGACAACAACAAACAGCAUUUGCAGACUUUUUUACCAAACUUUCCUGAAAAUGAUGACUUGGAGAAAAGUAAAACGUUACAGAGGUUAUUUGACUUUAAGAACUUCAGAUUUGGUAAUCCGCUAGCGAAAUUCCAUGAUGACCUAAAAGCUGGGUAUUUUAGGCCUGACAUAGCAAGAAUGAGGAAAAUUAUUAACAAGGCUCAGAAAAAAGAGGCUAAAUAUAGGUAUAAAUCGUACAAAGAUAAAUUAAAAAGUGAUGUGGUUGAAUCUCAGAAGAAAUUAUUGAAUCAAAUCCGUAAUCUACCGCCGGGGGUUGAACCAAGACAAGAAAAACGAAAGUUGGAAGUGGAUUAUGCCCCGCACAGAACUAAACGAAGAUAUUUUCAAGUUCUAUCUCAAAUUAAAGCAAAAGUCGAGGAUAAUAAUUGUUCAUCCGACGAGAAUUACCCUGAGGGGCCCCCCAGCUCACUUUCGAGAAAGCAGAAGCGCAAUUUGAACAGCAUACGCAACUCCGUAACGAGCACGAAGGAAAAACUAUUUUUAAGCACCAUGUCGGUUAAAGUAAACAACGGUAACUCCAGCAACCAAGUGGACUUGGAAAAAUACGUAACCCCCGCCUACAACCCGUUCUACAUCAACGAAGACGCGUACAAAAACUUGAUAUCGCGACACAAACGAAAAAAAUUGGAAUCUCCCGAAGAGCCCAACUUGAACACCAGAGGUAUAAGCAUAGCGGACAUUGUACAUAGAACCCAGCUGCCUUACAUCAAGAACGCGUCCCCGCUACCGACGAAAGAGAAUAACAGCAAGAACCGGAAGCGCGCGAAAAAACCGGAAGUGCUGUUCAAGUCGCGGAAUCAUUUUGCCAACUCGUCGGAAUCCGAUUCCGACUCGAUAGAUGCGGUGUCGACUCCGAAACCCAAAAUUAAAGUGAAUAGGACGCCGAAAUCGCAAGGCAAAGUCGCCAAAGCGGAAGUGGUGAAGAGGGAGCCGGAAGUGUUCCCGGCGCCGCCGCCGGAGGUCGCCAAACCUGCGCCACCCCCGAUGAUCUCUCUUACGGCUCAGUACGGUAAGGUUACGCCGGCCAAAAUUGAGGAUCUCGAGGGGAUAGACAUGAUGAACAUACCCAUAGAUUUGGAUAACUCCGAUAUAGAUAUACUGUCGGAGUUCACCUCGAAACCGGAGUUGAUGCAGGACACGCACUCGAACUUCUUCUCGCUGAUACGCGACGUGAUAUGCUCCACCAACGAGCACAGAAUGAACAUGUACACCUUGCAGGAGCGCUUGAAAUCGUGGCAGGAGAACCCGAUAAGUCCUCUGAACGACUGGUACAACCUCACCGAUAACUGGCUGGGGUUGCUUCCGUCCGCCAUCACUUUCCUGUGCGGGAAUUCGUCCGAUCAGCCGGACGAUUUCGUACCUUACAUGGAGUACAAAAUCCAGGUCGACAUGUACCAGUGGAUCGGCGCUGGGAGGGAUUCCGACAGCCUGUUGCACGCGCUCUGCCACUUUUGGCUCGAGCACAGAACCGAGGCCAAGUCCGCCUCACCGUUCAAGGAAAAAGAGGACGUGGAGGUGGAGCUUACGGAGAGGAGCGGCAGUCCUCCGCCGCCGCGUUGCGCGACCAAUUGGACCGUGCGCAAGGCCACCGUCGAAGAAGUCAAGGACUUCCAGGAGCAGGAACGGAAACGAUACGAGCAUCCGCAUAAAGCCUUCACGUUCCGUUGUAACGGGUACGAGAGCAUCGUGGGGCCCUUGAAAGGCAUCUACAACGCCUCGGUGGGGAACACCAAAGCCAGAGGUCACACCAUGUUGAACAACGAACGACCCAACUUCGUUACGAUACUGUCUUUGGUGAGGGACGCCACGGCUAGGCUUCCCAACGGCGAAGGCACCAGGGCGGAAAUCUGCGAGCUCCUGAAGUCAUCUCAGUACAUAGCUCAGAACGCGGCCGAUAACGUCCUGCAAUCAGUCGUGUCGGGAGCAUUGGACAGGAUGCACACGCAGUUCGACCCUUGCGUCAAAUACGACCCGAAACGGAAAAUAUGGAUUUACCUGCACAGGAACAGAUCCGAGGAGGACUUCGAGCGCAUCCACCAGCAAUAUCAAGGCAUCAAUAAAUCCAAAAAGUCCACGAAAAAAUCGCCCGCCAAACCGAAACCCAGAGUUGAAAAGGCCGUCAAGACCAUCAAAGAACCACCGCUGACCCCUACGGAGGGCAAACCUAAACCUGUCAGACGCCCCGCCGCGCAACCUAAGGUGGUCACGUCGAGCUCGCCGCCUACUUUGAUCACCGUAUCGCCGCCCAAGGCCACAUCUUUAUUACUAAGCAAUAACUCGACCAACAAUAAGGAAACACCACAACCUGAUUUGGAGGCGAAGAAUAAAAUCCUCGCCGAGCAAAAGGAGAUCAACGAUGCCUUACAAAGUAUAGUACAACAACCUAGAACUGCCAGUCCAACCUUGAAAUCCACCGCGAAAAGCGUUGUUAAAAUAUUAUCCCCCUCGCAGGGGAAAUCGCUGAUUAUUCCUACCAGUAACGCGCAGAUUAUAAAACAGAUACAGGAAGCUACAAGCUCUAAUAAACAGGUUAACCAACAGCUAAUAACACAACAAUUACUGCAGACCCUAGCGGCGCAACAGAAAAGUAUCAUAGUGCAAAAACAAGGGGAUGAUAAGACGACAGAGCAAAAAAUUAAAGUGCCUGUCAGUGUUCAGCAACAAAUAAUACAAAGCAUAAGUCCGCAACAGUUACAGAAUAUAAAAAACGUAACCCUACUGAGAACCUCAAACCAAAACGUCAAUUUAACACCUAUAUCGGGAGUUAGCACGAAUUCUGAAAGUCAGAGUAACAUCGUCACGGUUUCAAUGCCAAAGCAAGGCGGCCAAGUCUACAGCCAGGGUAUUCAGUUGAAAACGCAACAUCAAAUAGUGCAAGCUUUAAGGCAUGGGAAAUUAUUGCAGCAAGGCGUAAUACCGCAACCUUUAGUCUAUAAACAAAAAAGCGUGAAAACUUUAAGCCCUGUGGUCACCAGCUCUACUACAACCGUGGUUCAAAAAUCAACCUCUGAAGCGCCAGUUAAGUCUCAGGUACCAAAUCAGGGCAGUGUGGUGGCCAAAGUACUCACCAAUGCUGCUGGUCAAGUUAUAUCGGUUGAAAGUUUGCUAGCGCAUCAAAAACAACAUGGUCAGCUUCCGCAAGGUACCACAUUAAGAGUUGCGGGUACCAAAUCUGGCCAACAAAACAUCAUACAUUUGUCUGGAACGUCGAAAGCUAACAGUAUAGCUCAAUUUGCCGUCGGUAGUCAGAAUAAUUUAAUCGCCAUAACAACCCAACCAAAAUUGAUUGUUUCAUCUCAAACUACAACCGUUACUAGUUCCAUAACCAGCACUAAAACUGUUACCAGAGCCGUUACAAAACCGCAAACCGUUACCAAGUUCACCCCCAAGGUUACGCAGCAGUUAAUCAACGCUAAAAUAAUAACACAGAACGCUGACGGUCAGAAAAUCGUCCAACCUAAGAUAGUUAUGAGCCAGCAGGGGCACGUGAAGUUAGCAUCGGGAAAAAGCAUGCCCAUCAACAAACCCCUGACUCUGAACGUAGCCGGAAACUCCAACACAAUACGUAUGGUGAACGCGGCUAACCUCAAUUUAACCCACAUAGGCGGCAAACCUGUUUUGCUGGCCAGCAAAGGCGGCACUUUGCAGAAUCUGCAAACUCAGAACGUUAUUUUGCAGCCGAACUCGAGCGGGGCGAGUUUGGUGUUACAGCAGGGCGUCAAAAACACGGUGCAGUCCGGUGCCAACAAUUUGAACCUCCUCAACCAGCAGAACUUCGUUCUGGGGCCGCAGGUCAAGGUGCAACAGCCGCAGGUGGUCCUCUCGACCGGCGGCGUCAAAACUGUAACCUCGAACGCGCAGCAAGGCGUCAGUCAAAGUCACAUAGUUCUGGGCGGUCAGCAGGUCAGGUUGCAGACGAGCAGCGCGACUAGUACGCAGCGUUUGGUGUUGGCCAGUCAAGGUCAGGGAGGUCAAAUAGUGGCGCAACAGAUUUUGCUGCCGGCCGGGUUUCAAGGCACAGCCAUCAAUUUGAAGGCCCUUCAGGGGGUCAAAGUGAUCCCCAUUGCUCAAACACAAGGGAAAGGAAUUCAGGGUAGACAGGUUUUUGCUCGAGUGAUGAAUCCAGGUCUAGUUAAAACGUCCCAAACAAGCACCCAAGUUCAAGAAAAAGUCGUCGCUACUUCAGCAGAAAAAUCCGUACCCACGUCGUCAGAAAAAUGAUAAGACUUUUUUGUAAAUAAUUCUUGGAGUAAAACUAACAAAAUGUACCUAGUAAUAAUAAUUGUAACAUUGUUAAUUUUCGAUUACCCCCCCCCCCAUUCUGACUGUACAUAGUGUAUCAUUAUGUAUUAUUAUUAUUAUUAUUAAAUUGAUUAUCGGUUUAUUGUGAUGUACAUAGAUGUUUAUUAAUUAUUAAUUUAUCACUAAUUUUCAGUAUUUAAUUUAUAAUUUUUGUGUAGAAUAACAAAAUCACACAAUAAACUUUUUUACAGAU